AUGGGAAGCUCAGAGACACUGGUGGAAGCGGCGCUCCGAGUUCUGAACACGGGUGACCCGUUUGAGAAGGCCCGUUUGGGUGACCAAGUAGCUAAUCAAUGGCUGCAAGGACUAAUUGCUCAGCCUUACGACUCAUCCCAAGAACUCACAGUCCCCGAUCGCCCUGCCAGGCUCAACAAUGUGAAGCUGGUGUCCCCUGGUAUGAUGCCGAAGCUGGGCAAAGCUGGAAGCUUGCAGAGUAGACAAGCCAUUGUACACAGUCUUGUUCACACUGAGAGCUGGGCAAUUGACUUGUCUUGGGACAUUAUUGCUCGUUUCGGUAAGCAAGAGAGCAUGCCUAGAGAUUUUUUCACUGAUUUUGUCAAGGUAGCUCAAGAUGAAGGCAGGCAUUUCACUCUGCUUGCGAAACGGCUUGAAGAGCUGGGAUCGUCUUAUGGAGCUUUGCCAGCACAUGAUGGUCUUUGGGACUCUGCUAUGGCCACUUCCAAGGACUUGCUAGGUCGUUUAGCUAUUGAACACUGUGUUCACGAGGCUCGUGGCCUUGACGUGGUGCCAACAACAAUCUCCCGUUUCCGCAAUGGAGGAGACGAUCAGACUGCUGACCUUUUGGAGACGGUGGUAUACCCUGAAGAGAUUACACAUUGUGCUGCCGGAGUCAAGUGGUUUAGGUAUCUUUGCCUGAGAACUCGAAACCAAGAAGGGGAUGACGGCAUUUUGAUGCUGCAGUUACUAAAUUCUGGCAGCGGUGACGAUGACGACCAAGUGGUUAAGAAAUUUCACGAGGUGGUCCGGACAUACUUCAGAGGGCCACUGAAACCUCCUUUUAAUGAGGCAGCAAGAAGAGCCGCUGGAUUUGGUCCCCAGUGGUACGAACCUUUAGCUGUCAAAUUUGCAGCUGCUGAAUUAGAGUAG